UAGACACUGCCCAGCAGGUUUCUGGGUCGAGUAUGACGUAAAACUAAAAGCAUAGAUGAACGGCUGAUUCAAGUUCAGCUACAAACCUUGGAGCUGUGCAGUACAAACAAAACACCCACGUUCAUUCUCAGAAAGAAGGCCUAGCCAGUUUGUUUACAUCCAUAGGAUGGGAGAAGUGUAAUUGCUUCGGUUUGGAUUUGAGCUUGUUGGAGAUUAUUUGGCAGUUGUAGAUAACAUUUAUCAAGCGGAUAUCUCAAGUUCAUCAAUCUGCCAUCAUGAGUGCCAGAGUGCUCAGUAUGCGCUCCUUUGUCGCCCUCAUGGGCCCUGCGAGACGACACAUCCACCAUCAGAGCGACUCAUCCGGUAUCCAACUCAGCGAGACGGCCAACAGUCGUUACAUGGAUGAGCGAAGGAACACCGCCCACGCCAACGAGUUUGUACCCAUCGAGGUCUUUAACGAGCAGGUUGAACGACUGAACCUGAAGGAGUUGAACGGAGGCAACCUCUAUCUCGAGAAGGAUCAAGAAUCUGGAAUAGCUACAAUUACUAUUAGUAAUCCGUCAAGUGCCAAUGCUAUCACAGGAAGUAUGAUGGUUGAGCUAUCCGACAUGGUAGCAGAGUUAGAGAAAUGGCACAAAGGCAAAGCCCUGAUACUGUACGGUGACCCAGAAGGCAAGCAUUUCUGCGCCGGUGCCGAUUUGAAAACAGCCCAAGCCCUCAGCAACCCGCAGGCCGGCGUGAUGAUGUGUCUCUACAUGCAGAACAUCCUCUCUAGGCUUCAGCGACUCCCGUUAAUCAGUGCAGCUGCAGUCAGCGGUAAUGCCAUCGGUGGAGGUGCCGAGAUCACCACGGCCUGCGACUUCCGCCUCAUGACGCCGUCGUCCAAGAUUCAGUUCAUCCACACCAAGAUGGGGUUGUCACCUGGGUGGGGCGGUGGCACCAGACUGGUGAAUCUCAUCGGUCCACAGAAAGCUCUGAGAUUAAUGGCGGGUGCUGAGGUCGUGAACGCAGAGGAAGCUGUCAGACUGAAUCUCGUGGACGAUGUGAUACCGGGAGGGGACAUCUUGAAACAAGCAACUACCUGGUUGGAUAAGUACAUCUCAGAACCAGUGGAGGUGGUUCAAUCCAUUAAGACUGUGGUUACAGCGGCUUCACAAUUACCUCAAGAUCAGGCGUUAUCCAAGGAGAAAGAUGUCUUCGGUGGUUUAUGGAGAGGUCCGGCAAAUAAUGCAGCUCUUGCAAAAUCACUCUCCAAAAAAUGAAGAAAUAUUUAGUGUACAUAAGUGAGAUUUUAUUGGGGUGCUUUUUUUCUCUGUUUAGACUUUUAUUUAAAUGGGCAUGAUGUUCAUCUUACCUUAAGCCCAGUUCAUACUUUUGCGAAUGCAGUGCGAAGCAAAAUUAAAAAAAUUACAUGACUCGCAAGAACUGAGCAUGCACAGCUCGACUGUAGCAAGUUAUUUGUUGGGAACUUGUGACAUUGAUGUUUGCUUCGCAUCCGCAUUCAUUAAAGCGUAAAAUAUCAUGCCAGUUUGAAAGAUUAAUAAUAGUAAGAGGAUUGUACAGUUAGUCCUGUGGUAGAUAAGCGUUUAAUUGUAUUGAACAAAUUUAUAAUCUAGACAACUUGACUAGUCCAGUUCUCUUGAUUAUACAAAUUUCACUAAUAUAUUUACCUGGAUGACGGAGAAUAUUCAUAAAUGUAAGCUUUGAAUUCUGAUUAAAAUUAUCAUAACACCUUAACCAGCAUCUGAAAAUAAUAUGAAGAGUUUCUGAAAUCAAUCAUUGUUUGUUGUCACAGGUGCAAUUAUAAGCUAAGCAGUUUCUGUGAAAUGAGAACUAUUUCUUUAUGCUUACUAAAAACAGAAUCAAGCAAGUCAGAAGAAUUAACUGUACCAAUAGAACUAAAUAAGAUGAUAUCUUUGAAUUGUUUAUGAAAAGAAGGAUAAUUUGCCAACAAUUCUUUUUGAAUAAGGGGAAGCCAUUGUCGAGUCAAUGGCAAAGGGCAAGUGCUGCAUUUUGGAAGCUCCUUUCACAUCUUUGCCCUUCUUUUGUUUUCGGUCACUUUCCUUUUUAUGCCAUCAGGCUUGUAUACUUUGUGUUUGAAAGGGCAAGGGCACCAAUGCAUUUUCUCCGUGCUCAAGGGCACCCUUUGAGGACAUUGUAAGUUUCUACUGGAGCAUAUGUCAAGGGCACCAAGGCAACGACCAGUGGGCAUUGAUGCAUUCACCUUCGUUGUCUCCGUGAAGUAUUUGGCCUGCGCCAUAUUUCAUCAUAGUUCAUUUACUAUUAGUUAAUGAUAAAAACAAAUUGUGCUUUGAUAUUGAAGUUUUUUAAUUGAAUCGGUGACAAUGAUCAGCUGAAAAUGAAAUAUGAAAGCAAUGUGUUUAAAACUACUGAAAAUUUGGUUUUGAUUUGAAAUGAUAACACAACUGGGUUUUUUCUUCUUUUUCUGCUUUUACACAUAAAGUGAUAUCUUACGUCAAAUUUAACGAAUUUGUCGACUAAUUUUGCAUUGCAAAAUAUUUAAACUGAACUUGGUUAUUCCACACUAAAUGCUAAGUAGCAAUAUGAUGAUUUUGAAACAGCUACUGAAGCAUGUAGCAUUUUGCUGAGCUGUAUAACGGAAUUCAUUUGUUUGGCAUUGAAGACCAAUGUUUAGAUCUAGGUUUCUAUAGGCUUGGCGAUUGGUGUCUCUUAUUGCAAACAAUGUUGGUAAAUAUUUGUGUUGGAGUGCCUAUCACCUAUAUUGUGAAUAUGUAAAUACUCUAAUAAUUAGUGGAGACAAAUUAAAUGUUGAAGAAAAGAGAAUGACAGUGUGUGUAAUGUAACUUAACUUAACUUAACUUGAAUGCAUUUAUAAAGCGCUUUAACACUGUUUCAAAGCGCUGAUGUAUUCUUGAAAAUGCAAAAUGGAAGAUUAAAAAUGUGACAAACAAAA